AUGAAGUUUCUCCCUCUCUCAGAGAUCGAGGAUGUCACAAGUUCGCUGAAUUUCGACACCGCCGACUGCCACAUCCUCGGAGGCUGCGACCUGUACACGACCAAGGCCGCUCGCGCCGAUCGCAAACUGUACAAAAACAUCGAGCAAUCACUAGAAGCCCAGUAUGAGUCGGUUCUUCGCUUAUCGGCGUCGUUGUCGCCUCCCAACGCGACGGAUGCCGCUGCUUCGCUCAACCUGUCUCGGUCCAGCCCGUUCGGCCCCCUGAGUGAGCAUUCGAGUCGCCGGACAUUUGCCUAUCUGAUCGCCACCUUGAAUGCGAGUCACCCGGAUUAUGACUUUUCUCACGUUUUGCGCCCGUCGGAUUUCCAUCGCGAGCGGAGUCUGAAGAGGGUGAUGAACACGAUCGACACGACUCUGUUCAACCUGCGGCCCCGUGAAGCCAUCGAUCUUACGCCCCCAUCACCCGUCACGAUUUCCGGAUCAUACAAUGCCGGAGCAUCGUCUACGUGGGGUCCGCGAAUGUGGAAGAUGAUUGAUGCGCAGAUGUCGCUGAAGGAGUGCUCGGUCUAUUCGUACUCUCCUGAGGAGGACCCGUCCGAUGCCGAUGAUGGAGCCAUUUGGAGCCUACACUACUUCUUUUUCCAUCCACUGCGCAAGCGCGUUUGCUACAUCUAUCUCAAAGCCAUCCCUAUUCUGAGCCAUACGCCGAGUGAGGGUGUCGUUUCAACACCGACCACCAAGAGAACGUUUGACGAUGGUUACAUGACGCCCGAGUUGGGCUCCAGCAAACGCGCCCGAUACUGGCUUGGCGACCGAGCCGACCUCGAGGAACAGGAAAGUGAGAGCGACGAGGGUGAUAAUCCGCUCCAUACCACCCGACCGGUCGUCGACGAGUAUGAUAACUACCUGCUCAGCGACGAAGAAUUUCGAUCUCGGUCCGGCAGCAAGGGAACUGUUCGCGCCAUGAGCGAGGAAAUCGCUGACGCCAUGGAGGUUUGA